GCCAUUGCUCGAGAGUGGAGAUUGUGUGGAAAGGGGUAUAUCUAGAUAUCUACAUCUAGAUGAGAGCCGCAUGUAACACUUUUUAACUAAAUAUGUCUGGAAGAGGACGAGCACGAGCACGUGGAAGAGCACGAGGUGCUUCUGAGGAUCAAGCUAGAAGGCCAGGAGAACAGGCCGCACCACAGAGGGAGCAGCCUUCCUCAGCCCCUGCCCCAGCUCCAGCAGGUGGUCCCCCAGCAGCCAGUGGGAGAGCUUCUUAUAGAGGUGGUGCCAAGGAGCCACGACCUGGUAUCGCUACAGGAAGUGGUGAUGUGCCAGCAGAGGCCUUGGCCAAAAUGUCCAUUGGGACAAGAGAUGCAGGGGAGCGAAGAGAUCGCAUGUAUUAUAGUGAUCCAGAGUGUAAGCCAGCAUGGUUGACCGACAAAAGAGGAACAUCUGGAAUCCAGUUACCUGUAGUCACAAACUACUUCAAGCUUGAAAUGGCACCUGACUGGCAUCUCUACCAGUACCACGUGGAUUUCAAUCCUCCAGUUGAUUCCAGGAAAAUGCGCAUGGCUCUGUUAAUGACUCAUGAAAAUUUACUUGGAAAAACCAAAGCAUUUGAUGGGAUGAUCCUAUACCUACCACACCGUCUUCAGGAACAGGUGACAGAGGUGUAUAGUCAGAGGAGGACUGAUGAUGCCCAAAUAAGAAUUACAAUCACACUGACCAAUGAGCUGCCCCCCUCCUCACCCCAAGUCAUGCAGGUCUACAACAUUAUCUUCAGAAGGGUUCUAGCCAUGAUUGAAAUGAAGCAGAUUGGACGUAAUUACUUCAAUCCCUCUUUGUCGGUGGACAUUCCACAACACAAACUGACCGUCAUGCCAGGGUUUGUAACAGCCAUUGCUAAGUACGAGACUGAUACCUUGUUGUGUGCCGACAUCAGUCACAAAAUCAUCAGGUCUGAUACGCUACUAGAUUUGAUGUACGACAUGUACAGUCAAAGCAAAGGGGAAAGUUUCUAUGAUGAUUGUGUGCGGAAGUUUGUUGGCUCUAUUGUCCUCACAAGGUACAACAAUAAGACCUACCGUGUGGAUGACUUCGACUGGGACAAGAGACCAGACUUCACCUUCAAGUUGAGGAAUGAUGUCUCCAUUACCUUAGCUGAAUAUUACAAAAAGAACUACAACAUAGAUGUUCGAGACAUGAACCAGCCUUUAGUAGUAUCAAGACCAAAGAAGAAGGACAUCAGAAUGGGACGUACAGAGCCCAUCUUCCUUCUACCAGAACUCUGUACUGUCACAGGACUGACUGAUGAGGCAAGGGCAGACUUUAAUGUCAUGAAAGAUGUUGGUGCUCACACUAGAGUGGCCCCAGAGGGAAGAAAUAAAACAUUACAAGGCUUUAUUGACCAAAUCAACAAGAAUGAGAAAGUGCGAGCAGAAAUGGGAGGAUGGGGACUAAGGUUCUCUCAGAAUCUGCUGAACGUGAAUGCUCACAUAGCUCCCCAGGAAAAAAUCUAUCAGAAAGGCGGGGCAGAGUUGAGUUACAGACAGGAAGAUGCUGACUGGAGUAGAGACAUGAGAGGGAAGAAGUUAAUCACCCCAGUGAAUCUAGAUAACUGGGUCAUUGUGUUCACCAGGAGGAACAGCCCCCAAGCCCAGGAUCUGGUCCAAACCCUCAGUAGGGUUGGGCCUCCCAUGGGAAUGCAGAUCAACUCCCCCACAAUUUGCGAGUUGCCAGAUGAUAGGAAUGACAGCUAUCUAACAGCCCUGAAGCAGUAUGUCACCCCUCAAACACAGCUGGCAUUGACCAUCUUGCCAACAAAUCGUAAGGAUCGAUAUGAUGCCAUUAAGAAAUUUUGCUGUGUUGACCAUCCAGUACCAAGUCAAUGUGUUGUACAGAGAACACUCUCUAAAAAGCAGAUGUUGAUGUCUGUGGCAACCAAAAUUGCCAUUCAACUGAAUUGUAAGCUAGGAGGAGAAGUAUGGUGCCUGGAAAUUCCACUCAAGAACCUUAUGGUGGUUGGGAUAGAUUCUUACCAUGAUUCUAGUAAGAAGGGCCGCUCCGUUGGGGGAGUGAUUGCUUCCAUGAAUCAAGCACUAACUCGAUAUUACUCCCGGUGUACCUUCCAACACUCCAUGCAAGAACUAAUGGAUGGGUUGAAACUGAAAAAUCUGAUGGUGGUAGGUGUCGAUACUUACCACGAUUCAGCUAAGAAAGGGCGUUCUGUUGGGGGCGUGAUAUGCUCCUUAAACAAAACUCUUACUCGAUACUAUUCACGUACAACAUUCCAACACACUGGCGAGGAACUUGUUAACGGAUUAGUAACGUCACUGAGAGGUGCCUUGGAGAAGUACCACGAAGUUAAUGGUGCCCUACCUGAGAGGAUCAUUGUGUUCCGUGACGGUGUGGGUGAUGGACAGCUGAGGGCAGUGUAUGAACAUGAGGUACCACAGUUGAACGAGUGCUUUAAGAGAAGUGGUGGACAAGAUUAUAAUCCAAAGGUAGCAGUUGUAGUUGUAAAGAAGAGAAUCAACACAAGGUUCUUUGCAAAGUCUGGUCCAUCUCUGACGAAUCCUCCACCAGGGACCAUUGUAGACACCCAGGUCACCAAGCCAAUCUGGUAUGACUUCUUCCUCGUGUCUCAGUCAGUCAGACAGGGUACAGUGACCCCCACCCACUACAAUGUGAUCUGGGACUCCACAGGCCUUAAGCCCGAUCAUAUGCAGAGACUGGCAUACAAAAUGACACACCUUUACUAUAAUUGGCCAGGUACCAUCCGUGUACCAGCGCCAUGUCAGUAUGCCCACAAGCUGGCAUUCUUAGUGGGACAGUCCAUUCAUAAGGACCCUCACAUGUCCUUAUCUGAUCGUCUCUACUUCCUGUAAGCUUGUCCGUUCAGGAUGUGAUCAAAUGCUAUCAAAUAGAGGAUCAUGGAUCAAGGAUGGAAUGAUUAGAACUGCUGUUAACUAUUAUGGUGAGAUGCCAGUGCUGUGAAAAGUAGAAUAGAUGGAGUUGUAGAAUGAGGAAAAGGAAGUGGAAUUCCAUUGGAAGAAGGAAGACUUGGAGCCAAAGGGUUGAAAAAAGGAAUCCCCUUCAAACAGAGGAAAACUAGAUAAAAAAUUUAUAUUUUUGAAAUCAAAACAUACCUCAGAUAUUUUACAUGUGCCAUUAUGUGUUCAUACAUUUUA